AUGUCGCGCCCCGAGGAUACCCUCGCCGCCGACAUCCACUACGACGACACAGAAGCGAGAAAGUAUACGACGAGCUCCCGUAUACAAAAUGUCCAGGCGUCCAUGACCCGGCGCGCCCUCGAGCUGCUCGACCUGCCAGGACCGAGCUUCAUCCUUGAUGUGGGCUGCGGCAGCGGCUUGUCGGGUGAGAUUCUGACACGCUCGGGCACGUCAAUACGGCGGAGGCGGAAGGGCGACGGCUCUGCGGGGGUUGAUGGCAACAAUGACGACGGUGCGGCGGACGACGAGAAGGACGACGACGACGACGAGAGCGAAUACUCGGGCGUGAGCGACGACGACAGCAUUGAAGAGGAAAUUGGCAAUGGACCGCACGUGUGGGUCGGCAUGGACGUCAGCCCGUCGAUGCUGGAUGUGGCUCUGCAGCGCGACGUCGAGGGCGACCUGCUGCUCGCCGACAUGGGCCAGGGCGUGCCCUUCCGCGCCGGCUCCUUUGACGCGGCCAUCAGCAUCAGCGCCGUGCAGUGGCUGUGCAAUGCCGAGAGCAGCGACACGUCGCCCCAGGGCCGCCUGUCGCGCUUCUUCAACGGUCUCUAUGCGUCGCUGCGCCGCGGUGGCCGCGCCGUGUGCCAGUUCUACCCGAAAAACGACACGCAGCGGGCCAUGAUCACGCAGGCGGCCGUGCGUGCCGGCUUCGGCGCUGGUAUUCUGGAGGACGACCCGGGCACCAAGAACAUGAAGGUGUACCUGGUGCUGACGGUCGGCAGCGGCGCGAGCAGCGGCGACAUCACGGGCGUCGUGUCCAACAUGGACGGCGUGGACAUUCUGGACGACCGGGGCUCGCGCGCACAAAACGGCCGCGUCAAGAACAAGCAAAUCAAGAAGGGCAGCAAAGCGUGGAUUGCCAAGAAGAAGGAGCAGAUGGAGCGCAAGGGCAAAGUCGUCAAGGCCACGUCCAAGUACACGGGCCGAAAACGACGCGUUGCGUUUUAG